AUGCAGUCGUUUGUCGCCGAGCCAUCUGAUGAUUUGCGCUCAUUGGAGGUUCGAAGCAGGCGACCAUGCCAUCAGGGAAAAGCAGUCACCAACAGAAUCGAUGCUAUAGAGAGCUCCAAUACUUACCCAAGGGUACUCAUCUUUGCAUUUCACAAUGAACGGCGGCUAGCGAUGUCAUUUAAACCCAUGAAACGUCUAUAUAAACCGCCUAGGGCGCUUUGCGCCCCAGGCAUGGGAAU